AGCUGGGCGCCGCCGCCCACUCGCCCAGUGAGGGACCCGGGCAGACCCGGGCAGCAGAGCCCAGUCGACUGCGCGAUCGCGACCCCAGCCCGGCGCGCGCGGCCCCGCGGAGUUGCACCUGGAGGACUUGGAGGAAAGAAUGGCAGAGACCAAUGCCAACGUGGAUGACUCGGCGCCCCCCUCGGUGGCCCAGCUGACUGGGCGGUUUCGGGAGCAGGCGGCCACUGCAAAGGAAACACCAGCCAGUAAACCAACAAGAAGGAAACCGCCCUGCUCUCUCCCCUUGUUUCCCCCCAAAGUAGAGCUGGGCCAGAAUGGUGAGGAGAAACCAGCUCCCAAUACGAGUCACCCUCCUAAAAUCAAGGUGAAGAGUUCACCUCUGAUUGAAAAGCUUCAGGCCAACUUAGUUUUCAAUCCAGGGACCCUGCUACCUGGGGCCUCCCCCAAGAGCCCUGGACUCAAGGCCAUGGUGUCCCCAUUUCACAGCCCACCUUCCACACCCAGCAGCCCUGGAGUGCAGUCUCGGGCCAGCGAGUCAGAGGAGGUGCCUGUCAGCUUCGACCAGCCACCCGAGGGCAGUCACCUGCCUUGUUACAAUAAGGUGCGGACCAGAGGCUCCAUAAAAAGGCGCCCUCCCUCCAGGCGAUUCCGUAGGUCUCAGUCAGACUACGGGGACCUGGGAGAUUUCAGAGCCCCUGAGCCAUCCCAGGAGAAUGGGGCCAAGGAAGAGAAUGGGGAUGAAGUGUUCCUGUCCAAGGGCAAUUCCCCAGGGUCCCCUCCACCCAGUGAGGGGGCUGCUGAGCAGGAAACAAGGAGGAAAUUAGGGAGGACACCCAGCAGGACGGAGAAGCCAGAGGAGAAGGCCACAGCCAUGGAGAAAGCUCAGCAUCCCCAGAAGGUCGUGGGGGAUUCCAGACAGGAGGCCAGUCGGAGACCAGAAGAGAAUGAGUGUGGGUGCCCCACAGAGGGAAACCCGGCUGGAGAACAGAUGGAGAAGGCUACAGGGGGGAAGGAGGGGUGUGUGGAAAAUGAAGAAGAGAAGGCACCAGCACAAAAGAACCAAGAGAAGGACGCUGCCAGGGAGGACGCCCCCCAGACUCCCCCUGGAGAAGCAGAGGACAGUCACAUCCCUGAGCAGGGGCCAGGCAAGGAAAAGCAAGAGGAGGCCGAGGCACUGGAACCAAGCUGUGGCCCUGGGGCCAGCCACGCCCAGCCACAGCACAACAGCAAGGUCCCCGAGACACAGGAUACUCCCCAGGACACUAUAAUGUGAAGAGUUCAUCGUGUCUAGUGAUGAAGCUGCUAUAAGUAUCUCUUUGGAAGUAGCAGCAGCAAUAGUAGCAGCA